CCUCGGCUCGCGGUGCGCCACAGUCGGGCCCGCGGCCGUCGCCGCCGCGCUGUCGUCCGGCCGCCGCGCCCGCAGGGCCGCGUCCGGCCCGGCCAUGUGGACCCCCACGGAGGAGGAGAAGUACGGCGUAGUGAUAUGCAGCUUUCGAGGACCUGUCCCUCAAGGGUUGGUCUUAGAAAUAGGAGAAACAGUUCAGAUUCUUGAAAAAUGUGAAGGUUGGUAUAGAGGAGUUUCAACAAGAAAGCCAAAUGUGAAGGGGAUCUUUCCUGCAAAUUACAUUCACUUGAAAAAGGCAAUUGUCAGUAAUAGGGGGCAGUAUGAAACUGUGGUUCCGCUUGAAGAUUCUAUUGUGACUGAAGUUACAGCAACUCUACAAGAAUGGGCCAGUCUGUGGAAACAGCUCUAUGUGAAACACAAAGUAGACCUUUUCUACAAGCUACGCCAUGUGAUGAAUGAACUGAUUGACCUUCGGAGGCAGCUGCUGUCUGGCCACCUGACUCAGGACCAGGGGCGGGAGGUGAAGCGGCAUGUCACUGUGCGCCUGGACUGGGGCAAUGAGCAUUUGGGCCUGGACCUGGUGCCUCGAAAGGACUUUGAAGUAGUGGAUUCAGACCAGAUUAGUGUCUCAGAUCUCUAUAAAAUGCAUUUAUCUAGCCGGCAGAGUGUACAGCAAAGCACAUCCCAGGUAGACACGAUGCGCCCACGUCACGGGGAAAGCUGUCGGAUGCCAGUGCCACAUCACUUCUUCCUCAGCCUGAAGAGCUUCACCUACAAUACCAUUGGGGAAGAUACUGAUGUCUUCUUUUCCUUAUAUGAUAUGAGAGAAGGCAAGCAGAUCAGUGAGCGGUUUCUGGUGAGACUGAACAAGAAUGGUGGGCCAAGGAACCCAGAGAAGAUAGAACGAAUGUGUGCCCUUUUUACAGAUCUGAGCAGCAAAGAUCUGAAGAGAGAUUUAUAUCUAGUUGCCCAUGUGAUACGAAUAGGCCGGAUGCUCCUGAAUGACUCCAGGAAGGGCCCUGCACACCUGCACUACCGGCGGCCGUACGGCUGCGCAGUCCUAAGCAUCCUGGAUGUCCUGCAGUCACUCACAGAGUUAAAGGAAGAAAAGGAUUUUGUUCUCAAGGUCUACACGUGCAACAGCGAGAGCGAGUGGGCCCAGAUCCACGAGAACAUCAUCCGCAAGUCCAGCGCCAAGUACUCUGCCCCCAGUGCCAGUCACGGUCUUAUCAUUUCUCUGCAGCUCCUUCGUGGAGACAUGGAGCAGAUUAGGAGAGAAAACCCCAUGAUAUUUAAUAGGGGAUUGGCGAUUACGAGAAAAUUGGGAUUUCCUGAUGUCAUCAUGCCAGGCGAUAUCCGCAACGACCUGUACCUAACCCUGGAGAAGGGGGAUUUCGAGAGAGGGGGGAAGAGUGUGCAAAAGAACAUCGAAGUGACCAUGUAUGUGCUUUAUGCAGACGGAGAAGUCUUGAAGGAUUGCAUCAGCUUGGGUUCGGGAGAGCCGAAUCGUAGUUCCUACCACUCCUUCGUCCUCUACCACAGCAACAGUCCUCGCUGGGGGGAGAUGGUCAAGCUGCCUGUCCCCAUUGACCGGUUCCGGGGCUCUCACCUGCGCUUCGAGUUCAGACACUGCUCCACAAAGGACAAAGGGGAGAAGAAGCUCUUCGGCUUCGCAUUCUCUCCCCUGAUGCGGGAUGACGGCACCACUCUCUCCGAUGACACCCACGAGCUCUACGUGUACAAGUGCGAUGAGAACAGCACGUUCAACAACCACGCCCUGUACCUGGGCCUGCCCUGCUGCAAGGAGGACUACAGCGGCUGCCCGAACAUCCCCUCCAGCCUCAUCUUCCAGCGCAGCGCCAAGGAGUCUUUCUUCAUCUCCACGCAGCUGUCCUCCACCAAGCUCACCCAGAACGUGGACCUCCUCGCGCUGCUGAAGUGGAAGGCCUUUCCCGACCGCAUCGUGGAUGUCCUGGGGCGGCUGCGGCAUGUCAGCGGAGAGGAGAUCGUGAAGUUUCUGCAGGACAUCUUAGACACACUCUUUGUGAUUCUGGAUGACAACACGGAGAAAUAUGGCCUGCUGGUGUUCCAGUCCUUGGUGUUCAUCAUCAACCUGCUCAGAGACAUCAAGUAUUUCCACUUCCGGCCUGUAAUGGACACAUACAUCCAGAAGCACUUUGCUGGAGCCCUGGCAUAUAAGGAGCUCAUCCGCUGUCUGAAGUGGUACAUGGACUGCUCCGCGGAACUGAUUCGGCAGGACCACAUUCAGGAAGCCAUGCGGGCCUUGGAGCACCUGUUCAAGUUCAUCGUGCAGUCGAGGCUCCUGUACUCACGAGCCACCUGCGGGAUGGAGGAAGAGCAGUUCCGCUCCAGCGUCCAGGAGCUUUUCCAGUCCAUCCGGUUCGUGCUCAGCCUGGACAGCAGGAGCUCAGAGACUCUCCUCUUCACCCAGGCCGCACUCCUCAGCUCCUUCCCAGCCAUCUUUGACGAGCUGCUGCAGAUGUUCACCGUGCAGGAGGUGGCUGAGUUUGUGAGAGGGACCCUGGGGAGCAUGCCCAGCACUGUGCACAUCGGGCAGUCGAUGGACGUGGUGAAGCUGCAGUCCAUUGCCAGGACCGUGGACAGCCGCCUCUUUUCCUUCUCAGAAUCCCGCCGCAUCCUGCUUCCUGUGGUUCUCCAUCAUAUUCACCUUCACCUGAGGCAGCAGAAGGAGCUGCUCAUCUGCUCAGGGAUUCUUGGCAGCAUCUUCUCCAUCGUCAAGACCAGUUCUCUGGAGGCAGAUGUCAUGGAGGAGGUAGAAAUGAUGGUGGAGAGCCUCCUGGACGUGCUCUUGCAGACUCUGCUCACCAUCAUGAGCAAAUCGCACGCUCAGGAGGCGGUAAGAGGGCAGCGGUGCCCGCAGUGCACAGCCGAGAUCACUGGUGAGUAUGUGUCCUGCCUUCUCUCGCUGCUCCGCCAGAUGUGUGACACCCAUUACCAGCACCUCCUGGACAACUUCCAGAGCAAAGAUGAACUCAAGGAAUUCCUGCUGAAGAUUUUCUGUGUGUUCCGGAACCUGAUGAAGAUGAGUGUCUUUCCUCGGGACUGGAUGGUGAUGAGACUUCUCACAAGCAAUAUUAUAGUCACCACUGUCCAGUACCUGUCCUCAGCACUGCACAAGAAUUUCAUAGAGACAGACUUUGACUUCAAGGUGUGGAAUUCUUAUUUUAGCUUGGCAGUUCUGUUCAUAAAUCAGCCAAGCCUCCAGCUAGAAAUCAUCACUUCAGCCAAGAGGAAGAAGAUUCUAGAUAAGUAUGGGGACAUGCGUGUGAUGAUGGCCUACGAACUGUUCAGCAUGUGGCAGAAUCUGGGUGAACAUAAGAUCCAUUUUAUUCCGGGAAUGAUUGGCCCUUUUCUGGGCGUGACACUGGUCCCACAGCCAGAGGUGCGGAAUAUCAUGAUCCCCAUCUUUCAUGACAUGAUGGACUGGGAACAGAGGAAAAACGGCAACUUCAAGCAGGUGGAGGCCGAGCUGAUUGACAAGCUGGACAGCAUGGUGUCUGAAGGGAGAGGCGAUGAGAGCUACAGGGAGCUCUUCGGGCUGCUAACCCAGCUAUUUGGGCCCUACCCCAGCCUGCUGGAGAAGGUGGAGCAGGAGACAUGGCGUGAGACCGGUGUAUCCUUCGUGGCCUCAGUCACCCGCCUCAUGGAGCGCCUUCUUGACUACAGGGACUGCAUGAAAGGGGAGGAGACGGAGAACAAGAAGAUCGGCUGCACGGUUAACCUGAUGAACUUCUACAAAUCAGAGAUUAACAAGGAAGAGAUGUAUAUCCGCUAUAUCCAUAAGCUUUGUGACAUGCAUUUGCAGGCUGAGAACUACACAGAGGCGGCGUUCACCCUGCUCCUGUACUGCGAGCUGCUGCGCUGGGAGGAGCGGCCGCUGCGGGAGCUCCUGCACUACCCGGCCCAGACCGAGUGGCAGCGCAAGGAGGGCCUGUGCCGCAAGAUCCUCCACUACUUCAGCAAGGGCAAGAGCUGGGAGUUCGGGAUCCCCCUGUGCAGGGAGCUGGCCUGUCAAUAUGAGAGCCUCUACGAUUAUCAGAGCCUCAGCUGGAUUCGGAAAACAGAGGCCAGCUACUAUGACAACAUCGUGGAACAGCAGCGCCUAGAGCCCGAGUUCUUCCGGGUCGGCUUCUACGGCAGGAAGUUCCCCUUCUUCCUCCGGAACAAAGAGUACGUGUGCCGUGGCCAUGACUACGAGAGGCUGGAAGCUUUCCAGCAGAGGAUGCUCAGCGAGUUCCCGCAGGCCGUCGCCAUGCAGCACCCCAACCACCCCGACGAUGCCAUCCUGCAGUGCGAUGCCCAGUACUUGCAGAUCUAUGCAGUGACGCCCAUUCCAGAUCAUGUGGACGUCUUGCAGAUGGACAGGGUCCCGGACCGUGUCAAGAGCUUCUACCGCGUCAACAACGUGAGGCGGUUCCGGUACGACAGACCUUUUCACAAAGGCCCCAAGGACAAGGAGAAUGAAUUCAAGAGCCUGUGGAUCGAACGCACCACGCUGACCCUGAGCCACAGCCUGCCUGGCAUCUCCCGCUGGUUCCAAGUGGAGAGGCGGGAGCUGGUGGAGGUGAGCCCUCUGGAGAAUGCCAUCCAAGUGGUUGAGAAUAAAAACCAGGAGCUGCGGGCCCUGAUCAGCCAGUACCAACACAAACAGGCGCAUGGCAACAUCAACCUGCUGAGCAUGUGCCUGAACGGCGUCAUCGAUGCGGCUGUCAAUGGCGGCGUUGCACGCUACCAAGAGGCCUUCUUCGAUAAAGAGUACAUCACCAAGCACCCAGGGGACUCUGAGAAGAUCGCCCAACUCAAGGAGCUCAUGCAGGAGCAGGUCCACAUCCUUGGAGUCGGGCUGGCAGUUCAUGAGAAGUUCGUGCACCCAGAGAUGCGCCCUCUGCAUAAGAAACUGAUUGACCAGUUCCAGGUGAUGCGCGCCAGCCUCCACCACGAGUUUCCGGGUUUGGACAAGCUCAGUCCAGCAUGUUCAGGCACCAGCACCCCACGGGGGAAUGUCCUUGCCUCCCACGGCCCCAUGAGCCCCGAGAGCAUGAAGAUGGCCCACCGGCACAGCCCCGCGACCUUGAUGGGCACAGGCCGCCACUCCUCCUCCUCUCUGUCCUCACACGCGUCUAGCGAAGCGGGAAACGCAGUGCUGCUGGGGGGCGGCGCCAUCGGCGAGGCUCCCGAGGACCCGUACCACCACGUGCAGCUCGCGUACCCCGGCCCCAGAUACCAGGGCUCGGUCACCAACGUCUCUGUUCUGUCCUCGUCCCAGGCAAGCCCUUCUUCCUCCAGCUUGAGUUCCACCCACUCAGCACCAUCCCAGAUGAUCACCUCUGCCCCGUCCAGUGCCCGAGGCUCUCCCUCUCUGCCAGAUAAGCACCGACAUGCCCGGGAAAUGCUGCUGCUGCCCACACACCGGGACCGCCCAAGCAGCGCCAUGUACCCAGCGGCCAUCCUGGAGAAUGGACAGCUGCCAAAUUUCCAGCGGGCCCUGUUCCAGCAAGCAGUGGGGGCCUGCAAACCCUGCAGCGACCCCAACCUGUCUGUGGCUGAGAAAGCGGUGCCAGCAGCCCCCAGCAGCUGGAGCCUGGAUAGUGGAGCCCGAGAGGCCCGGCCCUUCCUGUCUGCCCACAUGGGCCACAUCCCAGCUCCCCCGGUGCCUCCCCGAAGCCUGCUGCAUGGUCAUUACUCCCUGCACUUUGACGCCUUCCACCACCCCCUGGGCGAUGCACCCCCGGCCCUCCCUGCCCGGACCCUGCGCAAGUCUCCCCUCCACCCUAUCCCAGCCUCCCCAACAAGCCCCCAGUCGGGCCUGGAUGGAAGCAACUCGACAUUGUCCGGCAGCGCCAGCAGUGGCGUGUCCUCCUUGAGCGAGAGUAACUUUGGGCACUCUUCAGAGGUUCCACCUCGAACCGACACCAUGGACUCCAUGCCGAGCCAGGCCUGGAAUGCUGAGGACGACCUUGAGCCGCCCUACCUCCCUGUCCACUACAGCCUCUCCGAGUCUGCUGUCCUGGACUCCAUCAAGGCCCAGCCAUGCCGAAGCCACUCAGCCCCGGGAUGCGUCAUCCCUCAGGACACCAUGGACCCGCCUGCACUGCCACCCAAACCCCACCACCCCCGCCUGCCAGCCCUGGAGCACGAUGAGGGCGUGCUGCUGCGAGAAGAGGCCGGCAGGCCACGGGGCCUGCACCGCAAGGCCUCCAUGCCUCCCGGGAGCACCAAGGAGGAUCAGGCCCGCAUGGCCUGGGAGCAUGGCCGAGCUGAGCAGUGACGGUGGGAGGUGGCCAAGCACCCUGGGUGAGCAGCUUGCCGGCCACCACGCCAGGCCUAAGAAGCAAGUGCUCUGGGGCAGAGGCCUGGUGCUCAGGAGAGAACCACCCCAGUCUGCGUGCAACUGCCGUGAACUCGUGUGUUGCCAUGUACAGAGGCCGCAGCAGCAUGAAGGGUUGUGGCUUCUCUUUUUAUUUCAUUUUCUACAUUUCCAUUUCAAUGGGUUUCCUUCCUUCCAUUGUGCAGUCGAUGCCUCAUCGCCCUACAGUUCCAGCCCACGUGGCUCUGUGAGAGGACAUGACAGGGAGAAGAGCUCGGCCACGCUACAGGCCCGGCAGGGGGAGAGGGGCAGGAGCCCAGGCCUUCGCCCCAGGGCAGAGAGGCACGAAUGGGAUUGCACUAGGGCCCUCUUCCUUUGCUGUGUGGACAGAAGAGCUCGUGGUUGGAUUCCAGGGUUGCAAGGACCACGUGGGCUACACGGCACAGGCGGACAAGGGGGCUACAAGCCGUUUUGCACAAAUGCUACCCACUUACCAGUCUGGGAGUGUGUGGCUGAGGAGCUGGCUGGGCCAACUUGCUGGCUCAGGCAUGUGACCUGUGGCCUGGCCAUGCUGCCCCCCUGGGGCAUGCUGCCAGGCUUCCAGGGUCAGCCCUGCCUCCUACCCUACCCUGGAGUUUUCCCUCCAUUGCUUUGAUUUCUGAACAGUUGCUCCCUUCUCUCAAUACACCUCAUGCCCUGCAGGAGCCCCCCAUGAAGGGAUCUGCAAAGGGGUGGUCUCUGCCCACCGGGGCUUGGGUUGGGAGUGUGGAGCCAGAGGGACCCUAGCCACCUUCUUCUCUGGGGCCCAGGGGCCAUGUGUUUUGAGAGGCAAGCUGGUGUAGGAGUGAGCCUGGGAUGUGGCAGGGGCCCGAAGCCCCACCGAGCCGUCAGAAUGACCAAAAUGCCCACCACCCUGCUCCUGAAUCAGGGAUUUUCAGCACUACCUCUGAGCAGUGGGGCUGGCUGCCCAGCCAGGCUUCCAGGCCCUGAGGACUUGUGGUCAGGUUCAGCAAGCUCCUGGGUAAAGAGGGUGGGACGGAGCUUCUCCUUUUGGAAGUAGAGAGCCACAGAGGUUAAAUGACCCUUUCCCAAGUGGCCCAGAGCAGGGCUUGGCUCCAGGCCCAUGGGGACCACCACUCAGGGUUCAAGGUGGGCAGAAGGGUGGUUUCUCCAGCCUCCCCAGUCUGCUGGGCAGAGCGCAGUGGUCUUUAUAGGAAAGUUUUCAGGUCAGGGCACUGAUUUUCUUCUUGGUUUAUUAUUUGCGGGGACAGUUUGGGUGGCAAUAGUGUUUUACCAGGGUGCUUCUAAGUUACUUAGAAAAAAAAAGUCUACAGGCAAAGUUUUUUCUUUCAUUUGCUUGAGUUCACAUCUUUGGUGGUCACAGGCUGCCUUCUCCUUGCCGAGCAGGGGUCCUCUUCCCUAGUUCCUCUUCCAGCGACCUGUGACUGGUCUCUGUGACUAGGCCCUAGACCCGUCCCUUCCUCACAGCUCCUUUCCAAACAAGACCGUGGUCAGCGUGUUGUCCUCUUGUCAACAAAUGCCAGCGGGGUGAAUAACAGGGAUGCAGUAAGCAGCCCACUAGGAAAGAUGAAGGGCAUCUGGGGUGUUUAUCGCCAGAGGGGGUCCUUUCUGGUACUAAGGACGACUGAGUCAGCAGACUGAUCCAGGCAGAGUGGAUCAGUCAUGGCAGCCCCACCUCGGAAGGCAGGCCUGGACCAUCUGGUGUUCACCAGUGUUAGAGGGUCAGGGGCUCGCUUUGGAUUUGACUUAGGUGGGAAGGCAUCUGUACAUUUUAGGAAGUUCUGAACCUUAGUCCCUGGACAGGGCAGUGGUCACAUAGGAACAUGUCCCUUCUCCACCUGGUGGUGCAGGGCGGGCGGUCUAGGGGGCGGGGUAGGGCAGGAAGUGUGCGUUGGUUCAGCCUUGCGUCCUGCGUGCUGAGCGGGGUUGGUUCCCCCUCUCCAUUUUCCCUAACGGAUGAAAAGGACAAAUUCCAAAUCUCUCUUGUUGGGAGAACCAGCCGGUCUGCGGGGAAAUGGGAGGCCAGAGAUGAGAAUACUCUGAAUAGAUUGUGAAAAACAGAUUUUCAUUCUUGCAAGCAUAUUUGUAAAUAACCUAUUUGAAUGCUGUGUAUUUGUACAGGAAUUUGAGCAAAAAAUGUAUAGAGUGUUAUGUCCCAUUGGUAUUCAGCCCUAUAAAUGUGUUUUUAACCUCUGAUAUCCUGUGCUUAUUUAAAAUAAGAAAACUUCUAACCAUUGCUUUUGUGUAUUUAUGUUUAAAAAGUGAUUUAAAAAUGAUCUUACCUGUACCAGAGAGCAAAGUUAAAAAAAUUUGUACUUGUGUCCCAAGAGGUAUUUCACUGUAUAUAUGUGGUAGCAUGUUCUAAACCCAGCAAGUAACGUGAAUUUUAGAUGUAAAUACCUGCCACUCGGUCUCCCCCACCCCCUCCCCUGACUGCUGUGAUGUGAAUUAAAGGUGAAUACUGAC